GAUUGGCUGAUCGGGUCCGGCUCAGAGCAGAUGGUCCGGCCGUCGGCUGAGCUACCUGUGCCGGCAGGAUGAAUGGCGGCCCCGGCUCUCUGUCUGACAACCGGGAGAGGAUCCUCAGGCUGGGGGAGAGCUUCGAGAAACAUCCCCGGAGCGGCUUCCACACCAUCCGCUACGACUUCAAACCAGCAUCUAUCGAUACAUCUUGUGAAGGGGAUCUGGAAGUUGGUAAAGGUGAGCAGGUGACGAUCACUUUGCCCAACCUAGAGGGCUCAACUGCUCCGGUCACAGUAUUUAAAGGUUCUAAGCGGCCGUAUCUCAGGGAAUGUAUUCUGAUAGUAAAUCACGAUACAGGGGAGUGUCGCUUGGAGAAACUGAGCAGUAAUAUAACCGUGAAAAAGACCAGGGCAGAAGGGAGCAGUAAGAUCCAGUCUCGUAUUGAGCAGCAACAACAGCAGAUGCGCAGUGCGUGUAAAACGCCAACUAGCGGCAAAAAUUCUUCACCCGCCGAGAAAAUGUCCCCCACAUUGCCCAUGGACGAUAUUGAGAGGGAGUUGAUGGCUGAAGUCUCCGCGAUCGACCAAAUGAGCAGUUCUGACAGUUCGUCUGAAUCCAAAAGCUCUUCGUCCUCAAGCAGUGGUGACAGCUCCAGUGACUCGGAGGACGAAACGCACAGGUCAUCCCACUCCACUUCAUUGUCACUGCCACAGCAGAAUAAUUUUACCUCCAGCAUGGAGAACCUACAUAACAAAUCUCAGGACAACGGUGGGCAGAUGAUGAGCACACUGAGAAAUGACUUGCAGCUCAGCGAGACAGGGAGUGACAGCGAUGACUAAGAAGCACAGGUGGCCUGCUUGCCGUGAUGUUGAAUUUAAUUCUCUCGAACAAUCCAGCAUCUGUUUCUGGACAUGAAUUCCCAGGUCUUAAUGACUGAAAUGAAUGAAAAUAUUUGAUAUACUUCUGUUUGUACUAAAAUAGCAGUUUGUGCUCCGUGCCCUUUAACCAGCUGUAUUACUGCCACUGUCACACCAGCAGGCCACCUGUUUCCACCUAAAGUUCACAGAAUUAGCAAAUUGUUACAUUCUUUAUCUUAUCAAAUUGACUAUGAUUUUCGUUUUUCUUCCCCUCCUCAUUUUUGAGGCAGCAGUGUGAAGUAGAGACUUAUUUUUUUUAAUACUAUAAAUGACACGUAUUUUUGGGAAAUAAUGCAGAAUAUCUGAUUUAUAGCUUGCUUACAGUUUGAUCACACCUCAAAACCAAGCAGCCCUCCCCCUUCAGAAAAACAAAUAUUUAAACUGGUGAUAUAAUGUAAAAAUGGAAGAAUAUUUAUAUCAUGUAGGUGAUGACGCUAGCAAUCUCUCGUGCUUGUUCCGUUCUCCAUGAAUAGACCCAGAUGUGGUCUAAUUUGUCAAAGUUUAGUGUAAUCUACCAGCCGGCACAUGGAGCAAUAUCUGUUACAUGUGAGCUCAGCCAAUAAGCUGCCAAAGAAUCUUCUUUCUAAACAGUGUUUUUCCACCUUUCUCUGAAUUCCAAAGACCCAAGUCUUGCUGUUUGUUACUAUGCUAAUUUGCAAUCCUUUCCCCACUUUUCUUUUUAAUUUUCUUUUAUUUUCCUAUCUAUCCAAAUAGCUGCAUUGCAGGAAUUGCAAUCUGUCUCAUCAGACGAUGUGGACACAUAAUUUAAUAAAUCUGUUAUUUAAACA